AUGUCUGCCCUACCGAGGUCAAUUGCAUCGCGCGUCCUCGCCCCUGCCCUGCGGCCCUCUGCGACGAGGGCCAUGGCCCCGUCGUUCCGCACAUAUGCGACCAACGAGCCCACUCCCCACGGCCACAAGACGAGCUCUGAGGAUGCGCCCGCCGUCAAGCUCAACAGCGACUCGACCCAGAUCCGCGAAGAGUCCGCCGCCGAGGGCAUGAGGCAUCAGCCAGACUACAAUGUCGCCAUCGACUACCGGACCUCCAACUUCUCCCCCGUCCCCAAGCGUGUCAUGGAUGGAAGCGAGCCCGGUGAGAGUGUCGCCGCUGCCGUCCUCUCCGGCGCUCCCACCGACCUCCAGGCGCGUACUGUCCGCAUCUACAAGCCCUCCAAGACAGCCACACAAUCCGGCGACUGGAACGCCUCACACUGGCUGAUGGACUGGGACGUCCUUCCCAAGGGCCACCGAUGGGAGAACCCGCUCAUGGGCUGGCAGUCGUCGGCCGACUUCAUGAACGGCCACCGGAUACAGUUCAAGUCCAAGGAGGAUGCCAUCAAGUUUGCUAACAAGCAGGGCUACGAGUACUUUGUCCAAGAGCCCAACAAGCGGAAGACCACCCCCAAGGCAUAUGCUAACUUGUUUACUCACCAGCCCAAGAAGCUCAAGAUCAUUCUCAAUAUCUUCCUCCCGGCUCCUUCUGUUGUGAUUCUCCAUAUUGGACUGCAACGUAGUCACCAAGGCGAUUCACAACAUCCUCACCAAAUGGGCCGAGGCGCAUACGACACCACCUACGUCUGUAAUGAAAAGGACUCGGCGGCGGCUGUAGCCAUUGCAAUGCACUCUGCUAAGGCGGCGGAGGCAGCCAAAGUCGCUGCCGUUAAGGUUGCUGAGGCUGCCGAAGCCAAGCUGGUUAGGAGUAAGAAGUCUCGUGGCAUUCUGGCCGCGCGAAAGGCCGCUAGGGAGCAAGCCGCCGCGCAGACGGAUACAUACGCGUCUGAGGGCGACUCUGACACUACGGAAAAGCCCUGA